AUGGAUCCUCCAGAGUUUGUGGGCGGACUUGAUUCACUUUUGGCUCAGGAUUGGUUAGCUGGUAUGGAAAGGGUGUUCCAAGCUUUUCAAUGUACUGAAGAAGAAAAGGUGAUCUUUGCUGCUCAAAAGAUGAAAGGACCAGCUCUUAGGUGGUGGAACACUGCAUCCACUUAUUUUACCACACAAGAGAUUCCUAAGGAUUGGCAACACUUCAAAGUAGCAUUCUUGGAGAAGUAUUUCCCUAAUAGUGUGAGGACUCAGAAGGAGAGAGAAUUCCAGAACUUCAAGCAAGGUGACAUGUCUGUUUUAGAAUAUGCAGAGAAGUUCGAAGACUUGGCUGAUUACUCCCGACAAGCUGUUUAUGCUCCAGAUGAACUAUGGAAGAUUGAUCAAUGUGGAGAGCAGGGCCACAUAGCUCCACAAUGUCCACAAAAGAGGACUCCUGAGAAGACUGCAGGUCGCGUUUACACCUUGGAUUCGAGGAAGGCCAAGGGAAACCACAAUCUCAUUGCGGGUACGUGUUAUGUUAAUAAUCAACCCGUAUGUGUUUUAGUUGAUUGUGGAGCCACUCAUUCUUUUGUCUCUACCGAGUGUGUUUACCGACUUGGUUUGGAGGUUAUUCCGUUACCUGAUCCCAUGAUUAUUUCUUCGGCAACGAAUGAUACCGUGGAAGCUCGACUAAUUUGUAAAGAUUGUUCGGUGUCUUUUAAUGGUCGUGACUAUCCAAUUGAUAUAAUUUGCUUAUCUCUCAAGAGGCUUGAUGUUAUUCUAGGGAUGGAUUGUGAUCAUAAAAGCUUGAGAUAUCUUUUCGACCAAAAGGAGUUGAAUAUGCGACAAAGGAGAUGGAUGGAGUACCUUAAAGAUUUUGACUUUGAAUUGAAGUAUCAUCCAGGAAAAGCCAACAAAGUAGCAGAUGCCUUAAGUAGGAAAGAAUUUCGAGUUGCUGAAUUGAUGAUGUUAGAGCAUGGAUUGUUGGAGAAGUUUCAAAAUCUUAACCUUCAGUUUGAAUGGACGCCCAAUGGUGUGUUAAUUAGUAACUUGAGCAUCCAGAAUGAGCUACGAGAAAGAAUUCGGAUAUCACAAGGGUAUGAUGAACAAUUGCAAGCGAGCGGAGGCAUGCCUGAUUUUGUGAGGGCACCUGAUGGAGUAAUCUUGUUUAAGCAACGAAUGUGUAUACCGAACGAUUCUGAGUUGAAGCGUUUGAUUCUGGAUGAAGCACACAAGAGUAGGUUUUCUAUUCAUCCUGGAUCGACCAAAAUGUACCAAGACUUGAGGAAAGACUUUUGGUGGCCAGGAAUGAAGAAGGAGAUUGCAGAGUAUGUAUCGCAAUGUUCCAUUUGCCAACAAGUUAAGAUUGAACAUCAGAGGCCAGGAGGAAUGUUGCAACCACUGGAGAUACCAACGUGGAAAUGGGAUUCUAUCUCCAUGGAUUUCAUUGUGGGAUUACCUCGUACCCGAGGCGGACAUGAUUCUAUAUGGGUAAUAGUGGACAGGUUGACUAAGUCUGCUCACUUUUUACCUGUAAAGACCACUCACAACGUGAUUCAUCUCGCAAGGCUUUCAUAG